UCUCCCACCACUACAUUUCACUACCUCCUUCAAAGCAGAGCAGAUUCAUCUGCCAUCUUCCGUCGGAUAUGAGGCUUACCCAAGAUUCUAGUCUCAUAUAUCAACUCAAAGAUUGAACUUUUUGUGAGUUUGUCGAGAUACAAAAAGGAAGAUGCACGGCGAAUGUCAGGAUAUGAAUCAGGGGACUACGAAAACAUCACAGAUCCAAUCUGAAAAAACAUCAGAGAGUCAAGCAAAGACAAGUCAUGACGUCCGAGCUGCAAAAACAUCAAAGAAUCAAGCAAGGACAGGCAAUCUUAUUGACUUCCAAGCGGAUCAAAAAACAAAUCAAGCAAGGACAUGCAAAGACGUCCAAGCUGAAGUUCUCAGAAAAGACUUUCUUGGGGUGACCAAAGAUGAGGAACUGCUAAAAGAACUGGAGGAAAAAAAUGACACCGAAAAAGCUCGAGAAGAAGAAGAAGAAGAACGGUCGUCACGGGCGAAGAUACAAAGGGUUAUGCAUUACUUGCUGCAAAAUAAUGACAAAAUCAUAAAGCAUUUUGCCCCAAGGGAGAUUUCAGUCGGCCUACUUCGUGCUGGUAAUUCCAAACUUUGUAAAAAGGAACUCAAGCUUAAAUUGGCAAAGACAUUCAUCAAACGUGGCGGACAAACACCGGUUCGAUUUCUCACCGAAAUCAUGUCCAACAUCCCGGAACUAAAGACGCACUUCAGCAAGGGAGUUAUUCCUGAUGGAUACAAUGACGAUUCCCUGGCCAGGUUGUUGUUCUUGGAUGGGUGUGCAGUACUACAGUUUAUACACAGUUAUGUUUGGGAUGAGUUAGAAGAGUUUAAGAUCAAUACCACUCAAGCAGCCUUUAUCCAACAGGAUUUGUUUUUGUUUGAAAACCAAAUCCCAUUUAAAGUACUUACACUGUUGAUGGGCGUGAUGCAUAUGGACACGACCGACGAGGAAUGGGCAAUGCCUUCCUUGUACAAGGCUAGCAUUAUCCAAUUUGUCCAUGAGAACAACAUUUGUGCUCCGAGUAAUGCAUUCAAUUAUUACCGCAGACGAUGGUAUCGACAAAUGAUUGGAAUACUCGACCAAAUAAAGCCGCUUCACCUUCUUGACCUUCUACGGAAGGUAUCAAUAUUUGGUAGUAUCAAGAAUGUCGAAGACGAAAGCGAUGCCAGAAAAUUCCUCUCGGAUGUUUUUGAUCAACCAAAGAAUUGUCUCUUGAGUUUGGCUAAUUGUUUUAGUGAAAAAUGGUCUUAUAUUGCGGACAAACUGGAAAAGCGUGAAUGCAUUGAGCAACGGUCUCUUCGUAGUGUCCAAGAACUCAAAUCAUCUGGAAUUACAAUGAAGCUCAGCAAUUCCCGAAGCUUGAAAUCUGUAUCUUUCGCUACUCAUUGCCUUGGUAUUUUUGGUCACCUUAAACUUCCUGCUUUGAAUGUCAAUGACUCAACAGUGCGUAAGUUGUUGAACCUGGUCGCCUACGAAACAUGCCUAGACGAUAGUGAGAGAUGUUAUUCGGUCACUUCUUACUUAAACUUUCUCGAUUUGCUCAUUGACACCGAACAAGAUGUGAAAGACCUAAGGACGGCACGCAUACUCCGGAAUGCUCUUGGUAGCGACGCAGAAGUAGCCAAAUUAUUCAAUACGCUAGGUUUAACUUACUUGCCCAAGUCUAAUGAAGAUCAUUUUGAGAGGAUCCACACUAAAAUAGAAGAGCAUUAUGCGAAAAAGUGCAAGAUCAAGAUGGCUCAGAUUUAUGCUUCUUAUCUCAGAAACCCCUGGCCUACUUUGGGCUUUUUCCUUGCUCCAACAGCUCUUUUAUUAACGGUCGUUCAGACUUGGUAUGCCAUCAAUCCCAGAAGGUGAGAGCUACAGCUCAAGGGCCGAUCUUUCUUGGGAAAAAUUUCAACGUUUGUA